GAGAAACCGACACGCAGCGUCGAUCCACGCAAGAAAACUGACCGACAGAGCUAGUUGGAUGACGUUUCGUAGCCAUUUCAUAAGGCAGAAACAUGAUGCAGUCACGAACGAAACUGUCGUCGAGCGAAUCCAUUCACAUCCUGAAGUAACAAUUUGCCAAGAACGUUGUACUCCAAACACGUAAACAGAUAUUCUCAUUCCACGCCCUGUGGCAGUAACCCAGUCUAGUGUCCUUUGAGUCGGCACAGCCAGUUUUGAAAUGGUGGAAGAGCACAUGGAUUUUACGCUGGCAAGGAAAGUGAUCAGUUUCUCGAUUGAAACAAACCUAUCACAAAGCAAAAGAGUUUUUGUCCAGGCAUGCUUCCAAGUCUUGAGCACUACGCACAGCUGAAGCAGGAUAUCAACAAUGGAGUAACAGUUUGGCCCAUAACUUGUAAUCUCCUGUACAUUCUGGCCCAAUAUUAACAGGCUGAAUAGGAAUUGGUGAGUCUUUUUCUUUAGUGGAGCAGUUCUUUGUGUCCACACUCGUGGCACCAUUAUGUAAACUUGAAGCGUGGCUCUGAUCCCUUCUAUUAUACGAGAUGCAUAGACGUAGAAGUAGAUGCUCUGGUCGUUCGUAAUGGGCCCAAGAGUCUUUUGCUCGGUUCCGUCAAGAAGAAGGUUCAGCAAACACAUCAUGAUUCCGAACCCGAUCCAUUUUAUAUUGACAAGAGGUCUCAUAUCAGUGGGCGAUAGUUUGUAUAUCAGUUUGCACACGGACGAGGAGAAGAUAAGCAGCGAUAUCGAGGAAGUGAGACUGAGGACGAGGUACUCGCUCACGUCAUCUCUCCAUGCGGGUUCGGCGGAGGCCUUCGUCGCAGUGGAGUAAACCAAGUAAAAGAAGGAGAUAGCAGACACGAGAUGAUCGACGGCCAGGGAGCGGGCUCUAACCAGGCCUAACGAGACCAACAGGACGCAGUGGAAGGGGUAGCUUACGAAGGCCGCGUACACGGCUUUUGCCUCUGACAUGAUCGCAACCGACGCUACUGCAGAGGCUCUGGCCAACCUCCCACCAAUGAAUCUCCACACGACUUCUUCUACUUCUUUGGCAAAAGUUGGGUGGCACGGCUAGCUAAACGGCUUGCCAUACGCGCGUGCGCAAUGGCCUAUUUAACUGCGCGUGCGCAGGCCAAUUGAAGGUGACCCUGUGUACCCUAUAUACCAUCGCCGAAGUGAAACGAUGUCGCGGCAAGGACGUCCACAGGACACUAGAAAAGUGAGUGGAGAGCUGUUCUCUCUCACGUACGGAGCACUGGUGGCUCAGCUGGUGAGAGACUACGAGAAGGACGAGGAGGUGAACCAGCAACUGGACAAGAUGGGCUACAACAUUGGAGUGAGGCUCAUAGAGGACUUCUUUGCCAGGUCACAGCAGGGGAGGUGCCAUGACUUCGCACAGGCUGCGGAUGUCCUCACAAAGGUGGGAUUCAAAAUGUUCCUGGGAGUGGUCCCGACGGUGGCCAACUGGAGUGCAAAGGGCGACGAAUUCUCCCUCAUUCUGGACCAGAAUCCUCUGGUGGACUUUGUGGAGCUCCCGGAGACCCACCAGGGACUCCUCUACUCCAACAUCAUCUGUGGAGUCAUCAGAGGAGCUCUGGAAAUGGUUCAGUUGGAGGUGAAGGUGUGGUUUGUGCAGGACCAGCUGAGGGGCAGUGACUCUACAGAGAUCCGAGUCAAGUUCCUCAAGAAACUGGAGGAUGCUGUCCCUGCCGGAGAAGACUGACACACACACACACUCACAAUCACACACAAGAUUUCUUUUAUCCGCUUGUUUCUUUGCAUACCACAGUUAUACUGUAAGAUUUGGACACCAUCGUCACUUCUUCAA